AUGGAGUCAGACUACGCCCCCAAGUUUGCUCCCUUCAUUGGGAUGGCUGGUAUUGCCGCCGCCAUGAUCUUUGGAUCCAUCGGAGCUGCCUACGGCACCGCCAAAUCCGGUAUUGGAAUCGCCGGCGUGGGAACCUUUCGCCCUGAUCUUAUCAUGAAGUGCCUCAUCCCUGUGGUCAUGUCUGGUAUCAUUGCCGUCUAUUCUCUCGUCAUAUCUGUCCUCAUCGCACAGGACCUCGCAGCACCGUCUGCCUCUCAGAAAUACGCUCUGUUCUCUGGAUUCAUGCAUCUCGCAUGUGGUCUUGCGGUCGGCAUGACAGGUCUAGCGGCUGGGUAUUGCAUCGGUGUUGUGGGUGAUAAGGGAGUGCGCGCGUACAUGGAGCAGUCCAGAAUAUUUGUCGGCAUGGUCCUGAUUCUCAUUUUCGGAGAAGUUUUGGGCCUCUAUGGGCUAAUUGUUGCGCUGCUUCUCAAUUCUCGAAGCAAGGGCUGA